GUCUUCUGUGAGAAUGGGCUCCACGCACCACCACACACACACAAAAAAGCAACAACUUCUCCUAUACCACUUUCCCUGCAAGCAGCAGUCCGAGACGACCAAACCUUCAGAAAGUCAUCAGAUCCCCCAGGAACGCCACAGAACGUCUGACUUCUGAUCCCUCUAAGAUUCCUGAUUGGGCCAGAGAAACCUAAGCGUACUGACGAUGACAGGCGCACCUCAGGACCAGGAUGAGCAGGAGGCCGAACAAGACAACCCAACCGAGAUGCUCUACACGCUAGAGGACUCACCGCCCUGGCUCGUCACCAUUCUCAUGGGCUUACAGCACUGCAUCACCAUGAUCUGCGGCACAGUGCCCAUCCCCUUCAUGGUUUCUUCGUUACUGUGCUUCGGUCCGUCACAUCCCAUGCGCGGCUACCUAGUCUCCACAAUCAUAUUUGUGUCUGGCGUGAACACACUACUGCAAAGUACACUGGGCGUCAGGUUGCCUAUCAUUCAAGGGGGAAACUUCGCCUUCCUGUUACCUAGCAUUGCAUUUCUUUCCACUAAUUACAUGAGUUGUGAGGCUCAACAGUCUGCUAACCUUACAGUUGAAGACCAAGAAGAAUUAUGGAGGGAUAAGAUAAGGCUCAUACAAGGCAGCAUUGCAGUUUCAUCGGUCUUUCAGAUCUUUCUGGGCUUCACAGGUCUGAUUGGUGUGUUGCUGCGUUGGAUCACGCCGCUCACCAUCCUCCCCACCAUCAUGCUCGUCGGUCUAUCAAUGUUUGACAUCGCGGCCAUGCAAGCGGCUCAUCAUUGGGGAAUUUCUCUCAUAUCAACAGCAAUAUUGAUUUUAUAUUCACAAUAUCUUACGGAAGUCAGCGUGCCUUUUCCCAUGCUGAGAAAGGGAUGCUCAUUCAUGUUAUCCUGGAUUAAGAUCUUCAAACUAUUUGCGGUUCUGCUGGCUUUGCUCACUUCAUGGUUACUGUGCUGGCUACUGACCCACUUCGAGGUGCUCCAGAAAGGCUCCCCUGCGCGCACCGACUAUGGGGUUCAACUGAUCUUUAAGUCACCGUGGUUUUAUGUGCCGUAUCCAGGUCAGUGGGGUGUUCCCCGUGUGGUACUGUCUGCAGUGGUGGGUUGCAUGGCUGCCGGUUUUGCCUCCACGGUAGAGAGCAUCGGGGACUACUUCAUUUGCGCAAGAAUUUCUGGAGGAUCGCCGCCCCCUAUGCAUGCCCUCAAUCGGGGAGUGAUGAUAGAGGGCGUGGGUGUUGCACUGGCUGGCCUCUUUGGCACCGGUAGUGGGAUUAACUCUUACUCAGAAAACAUCGCUACCCUCGUAAUCACUCGGGUCGGCAGUCGACGUGUGAUACAAGUGAGUGCUGUAUUAAUGAUGGCAUUAGGAUUGUUCUCCAAGUUUGGUGCGUUAUGUGGCAGUCUCCCGACACCUAUCGUUGCUAGCCUCUACUUCGUGCUCUUUUCCUACAUCGUCUCAGCCAGCCUUCCUAUGCUACACAUGAUCAAACUACAUUCUCCUAGGAAUCUCUUCAUUCUUGGUUUCAGCGUGUUUUUCAGCCUCUCCAUAUCAAAGUUUGUGAAAACUCAUCCGGAGGUUAUCAAUACAGGCCUUCCAUUCUUGGACCAAACAAUAGUCACUCUACUUCAAACCACAAUGUUUCUAGGAAGCAUCAUUAGCUGCUUCCUCGACAACACUAUUCCAGGUUCAGCUGCGGAGCGUGGCGUAACCAAAUGGCAGGAACGAUUCUCAAAUACGCACAUCUCCGCUGAGUAUAAUGUCCCUGGCAUGCUAACUUGUUCCAGAAAGAUGAGAUGGCUGAGCUAUCUCCCGGUUUGGCCAAAGUUCAAGAAAGAAGAAUAUUUUGUCAAUAAUCCUGUGGAUGUAGAACAUAAUCAGAAGUCAACUGUGGAUGAUGAAAACAAGUCUCAAGAUGCUUGCAGGUUUGUUGAGGAGCAACAUCACGGAAAAUAAAACCAGUAAACUGCCUUAAAAAAAAUUAAUCUGAUUCAUAAAAACUAAUUUUUCGAGGUUACAAUUGUCACUAAGCCCUGGAACUAACCUCCACUUUGGGGAGUUUGUAUCGAUAUUAUUAUUGAGUUUCCUUUACAGAUAAAUUAUGACUUGCUUGUUAGUUCUGCUUAUAUUCUGCAUCUUCCAUCUAAUUUUCAAAUUAUUCUCCUAUUACUGGUCGAAAAAAAAUCUAAACCCAAACAUUCUUUUUUUUUCUUUUUUUUCCUUAGUUUCCACACAAAAGAGUGUUCGAUACCAAACAACGAUAGUGAUCAGCGGUAACAUUUUAUUGCAUCACAUUUAUUUUCGUGAAAAAAGUGAACCGUUAAUUAAGUCUCUAAAUGUAGAACUGAUGCAUUUCUAAUAGCUUAGUAGAUAGUUUUUCACUAAUGUGACAAACUUACCACUGUCACAACAUAGCUUUUUACUCAGAACGUAGUAGAUCGUGCAUUUUCCACUGAUUUUUUCUUUAUGAAAAGAAAUUCAUUUUUUUACAAUUAUGUCUGUAUAAAGGCGGGUUCACACCUGUCAAUAAACCAGUCGCAAA